AUGUCGGCAGUUACGGAGGUUCAGAACACCACAACCGAGGCCCUGGCCGCCCUGCUAGACGGGGGUGAAGGCACUCUGGUGACGCUGGUGGCGGGCGAGACGAGGGUGGCGGCUCACAGGGCCGUGUUGGCAGCCGCGAGCCCCGUGUUCGCAGCGAUGUUCGCGCACGACAUGCUGGAGGACAGCUGCGGCCAGGUGAGCAUCGACGACGUGGAGGGCCCGGUGCUGAGGCUCCUGGUGGCCUACACGUAUACCCUGCGGGCCCCCCAGCUGCCCGACACGGCCGCCCAGCUGCUCUCGGCGGCCGACAAGUACGGCUUGUCGGCCCUGAAGGCUGCCUGCGAGCGGCAGCUGAUUUCGCAGUUGGCCGUCGAGACCGCAGCGGCGACGGCCGUCAGGGCAGUGAGGCACUCGUGCCCGGACGCCACCAGGGCUGCCGUCGCCUUCAUAAAGGACCACCUGCAGGUGAUGGCCACGCAGGGCUGGGCAGACGCUGUGCUCGAGUACCCGCAAGAAGUCAUUGAAGUCAGCAGUAUGCUCGGCGAGCCACCAGCAGAAGCCAGAGGCCACGCGGCUGUGGUGCGGCUGCUGCUCUCUGCGGCGUCCGACCCCAACGCGAGGACUCUGCUGGGGCGGACGCCGCUGCACUUGGCGGCAUACUAUGGCCACGCAAAAGCGGCGGCUGCGUUGCUGCAGGCCGGAGCCGACAGGGGGGUGAGGGCUAAUGACGGGAACACCCCCCUGGACAUCGCCAGGCAGCAAAACCGGCAGCAGCUCGUCGAGAUGCUAACAGAGCGUUAA